ACAAUAUCAAUGUCCAUGCUGUCCAUGACACUAGAAUCAAACAACCUCACUACCCUGCCAAAAAAUCACAAUCCUCCGAGCUAUGGACGCUUUUCAUGUCCUGAAUCCCUUCUGUCCGAGACAAGAACUGCUGCCUUGGAUUGUCCAAAACAGCAAAACGGCUUUAUGUUUGCUGUCUGAUGAUUUUGUUCGAUCACAUCUUGUCCCUUGCUUUGGAGGGCCUUUGAGGUCCGGACAGUGGGUACUUGUGGAUGAAGCAGAGAUAUCUGAAUCAGAUCCAAUGACGGUCCUCUGGGCUCGCUCUGGCUGUGGAACUGCGAAGCUUCCAUGGAGUAUGCCGAUAUGGAUAGAUGGUGCCUGUUGGCGCUUUGCUGUGAAAAUGAAGCCUCUUGGCGUCGUUUGUAUUGAUAACUUGUUGGAAUACGAUGCCGCUGCUGCGGUCUUGCGACGCAGAUCUGGCAACGGAGGGUGGGGAGCACCAAGCGACCUAACACCACCCAGAAGUCGUAAGGGUCGACGUGUGGCAAGCGUCGUGACUGUUGACGUGGACACGUUGAACUGGUCUUUUCGAGUUGGUUUGGACGAAUGGAUCUCCCAGUGGGUCCCCUUUCACUUCUCAAGACAGAACUUUUCCAGCUUGAGGCUGUCAGUGGUUUUGCUUCGCAAUGGAGCUGAAUGCACAUUCUUGAAUUGUUCGCAGAAAAGAUCAGAAAAGCCUCAGCCUUAGCUGCUCCGUCACCACUGCCAGCGCUGUGAAAGAAGGCAUAUUCCUAUUGUGCCCAGCUGCGACAGUUGCUUUUCAAAUUUCUCAACGCCACAGUGCGAAAGAAGGCAAGCCGCGGAGUUUCCUCACGGGACUCUUUGGCAGUUGCUUGGAAGAAAUGAUUCACCAAUCGCAGCAUACUACUUGUGAGGAGGUGUGCGAAAGAUCCACGGGGACAAUUUUCAGGCCUUGGCGGGGAUCAUCACCGGUGCCAGCGGCUUGGGCCUGGAGAAUGCCACGUCAAUCCACGUCAUUUGGGCCGUCUGAAGUCCGGAGAAAGUGCUGUUGGCGCUGAGCUGGAGACUGAGGGGAUCUUAUUUUCUGGCAACGAUUCUAUAUGGAGUUGUCAGACUUGACCACAGUAAAAUCUUUCGUGCAGUCCUUCCUGGACCUCAAACUGCCAUUGCAUUAUCUGAUCUGAUUCUGAUCUGCAAUUCUAACAUCAUGGCGCCUACUGAAUGGCUGCCCUCGAAGAAGAACUUUGAGUUGCAGUUCGCCACCAACAACCUGAGUCACUUCCCUUUAACCGAGCUGCUGUUGCCCAAGUUGCAGGAGACGAUGCGCUCCUGAGAGGUGCGGGUUGUGAUACUGACCUCUGUUGCGGGCGCCUGUUGCUUUGACUUGGACCCGCAGAAGUUGCCUUGUCCCAAAGCGGAGUACCACGACGCUGUGGAAUAUGCCGUGUCCAAGGCCGUGGACUGUUUAACAUGUCCGCCAUUUGCAGAAAAAGAAUUGUUCGCAGAAAAA